UUGUUGAUUAGUAGUAGCCUUAGCAAUCAUAGCACUCAUUCAUCCUUGGUAGAAGGAAGAGACGCGGAGGAGCGGAGGCUUCUGGGUAAAGCCGUGAAGGAAACAGGAGAAGAGGAAAGGGGAGGGGGGGAGGAGGGUUUGGAGUGAGGUGAAACACACAAGUCCAGUCAAGGAGGCCCGGUUCGCCCCUGCGCAGAAGGACGCCGUAACAGCGGCGGCAGUGGCGGCGGCAGAGUGAAGUUGGGGGAAAGCGCCGCUGGGAAAUAAAAUGUUUUCAGAAGAAGGCGAUGCCUUUAACUACAGAAGAACAAGGAUUUCUUGGGGUUAUCCUGGAAUGAAAUUUGUUACCCAGCAGGAGAACUAAACCGUUUUUAAAGAUAGGCAGUUGUAAUAGAAUUCAGAAACAAACCUCUGGAUUGGCUUCAUUGGCUUUCCUGCUUCUUUUGCAUCCCAAAGCACAAACUUAAAUCGUCUCAGAAGGACAAGGUCCGCCAAUUUAUGGCAGUUACCCAGGCUGGUGAAAGGACUGCUAUAUACUGCUUAAUGCAAAAUGAGUGGAAGCUAGAAGUGGCAACAGACAACUACUUCCAGAACCCAGACUUGUACUACAAAGAAUCCAUGAAAAUUUCAAUAGACAGGAAGAAAUUAGAACAAUUAUAUAACAGGUACAAAGAUCCACAAGAUGAGAAUAAAAUUGGCAUUGAUGGAAUUCAACAGUUUUGUGAUGAUUUAAGUCUAGACCCUGCUAGUAUCAGCGUUUUGGUCAUAGCGUGGAAAUUCAGGGCAGCCACUCAGUGUGAAUUCAGUAAAAAAGAAUUUGUAGAUGGCAUGACAGAAUUGGGGUGUGAUACCACUGACAAACUAAAGGCUCUUUUGCCGAGAUUGGAACAAGAAUUAAAGGAUCCAAUGAAAUUUAAAGAUUUUUAUCAGUUUACCUUUAACUUUGCUAAAAAUCCUGGACAAAAAGGUUUAGAUCUAGAAAUGGCAAUUGCAUAUUGGAAUUUAGUCUUAUCAGGGAGAUUUAAAUUUUUAGACCUUUGGAAUAAAUUUUUAUUGGAGCAUCAUAAAAGAUCUAUUCCCAAAGAUACUUGGAAUCUUCUUUUAGAUUUUGGAAAUAUGAUUGCAGAUGACAUGUCAAACUAUGAUGAAGAAGGAGCGUGGCCUGUUCUAAUAGACGAUUUUGUGGAAUAUGCACGACCAGUAGUCACAGGAGGAAAACGUAAAGCUUCCUAACCAUAGACUCUUCUUAGUGGACUUAAAUUUGCAGUCUGAACUGCAUCAGGUAAUGAAGACAUUUUGGCCAAUAACUGUGCACACUGACACUGGUUUCAAAAGUCGUGGUGGGAUGCCACUGACAAAAUGGAAAUCACUACUUCUGCUUCAAGAAAAUGAUGGCUGACUCAUGGACACUGCAAGAUGAAAUUCAGAAGAUAAUCCAGGCUGUUUGUAGGAUAUUGGCUUCAAUUAUUGUAUUGGUUGUAUCAUAUAGGAUGUAGAUCUUGCAUGAUUUUAUACUUUGGAGAAGUUUAACUAGAGGCCAUUUUAGUAAAGGUUUUGACAGCACAGCAUGCCAUUCAGUUCAAUAACCCAGGGUGAACACCAGCAGUUACAUAAUUACAACUGUAUUAUAUUGUACUUAUAUUAAAAGCAGUAUUUGUGGUAUAUAAAUUAAAUCCCUAAAUAAAA